ACUUAUAAGUCAUUUGUCACCUAAUUGUCAAAAGUGUCAUAACUGUCACAGCUGUCGCAACUGUCAAAUCAACCCUCAUUGCUAAAGAACGAGUUUUUGGUGUUUCUCGUUAGUUCUCGAAAAAUUUACAACAAAUUUUAAAAUGUUUGGUGGUGGACGAGGUCCCAUUUUAGUUUUAAGCCAAAACACCAAAAGGGAAUCCGGCCGAAAAGUUCAGCUGGAAAACAUAAAUGCCGGAAAGCAAAUAGCAGAUGUAAUUAGAACAUGUCUUGGUCCACAAGCCAUGCUAAAAAUGCUUAUGGACCCCAUGGGUGGCAUAGUUAUGACUAAUGAUGGUAAUGCUAUCUUAAGGGAGAUCACUGUACAGCAUCCUGCCGCAAAGAGUAUGAUUGAAAUUGCUAGAACCCAAGAUGAAGAGGUUGGUGAUGGUACUACCUCCGUAAUUGUUCUUGCCGGUGAAAUGUUGGCAGCAGCAGAACAAUUUUUACAACAACAAAUGCAUCCUACAGUAAUUAUCAGGAACUACAGACAAGCCCUUGAGGAUAUGGUCACUUUACUUGAAGGCCCCCUCAGUGUUCCCAUUGAUAAGAAUGAUAAGGCUGCUUUAAGUAAUGUUGUAAGGGGUUGUAUUGGAACAAAAUUCAUAAGCAAAUGGUCAGAUUUGGCGGUGAAAAUUGCCCUGGAUGCGGUUCACACUGUCAUGCUAGAAGAAAAUGGUAGAACAGAAGUGGAUAUUAAGAGAUAUGCCAAAGUUGAAAAGAUCCCUGGAGGAUCCAUUGAAGACUCUGAGGUUUUGAAUGGGGUGAUGUUAAAUAAGGAUGUCACCCAUCCAAAAAUGAAAAGAUACAUAGAGAAUCCCCGCAUCAUAUUGUUGGAUUGCUCACUGGAAUAUAAAAAAGGUGAAUCUCAAACCAAUGUGGAAAUUGUUUCUGAAGGAGAUUUUACGAAAAUGUUAGAGUUAGAAGAGGAACAUGUUAGAAGGCAGUGUGAUGACAUCAUAGCCCUAAAACCUGACUUGGUUUUUACUGAAAAGGGAAUUUCUGAUUUGGCACAACAUUUCUUACUUAAAGCAGAUAUCACUGCCAUUCGUAGAGUAAGAAAAAGCGACAAUAAUAGAAUAGCGAGAGCGUGCGGCGCGACCAUCGUAAACCGGACAGAGGAACUGCAAGAAUCCGACAUAGGAACCGGAGCCGGCCUGUUUGAAGUUAAAAAACUUGGAGACGAAUACUUUUGCUACAUUACCAAAUGUAAAAAUCCUAAGGCUUGUACCAUUGUCCUCCGGGGUGCCAGCAAAGACAUUCUCAACGAAACCGAGCGUAACUUACAGGACGCUUUACAGGUGGCCAGGAAUAUUGUUUUAUCGCCUCGUCUGGUACCGGGUGGUGGGGCCGUAGAAAUGGCCGUGGCUCAACAGCUGCUACAAAAAGCUACUCAUGGCCCUUAUAGGGCUUUGGCGCAUGCUUUAGAAAUUAUCCCGAAAACUUUGGCCCAAAAUUGCGGAGCAAACACUAUCAAGACCUUGACCGCUUUAAGGGCGAAACAUGCCAACCAUACCGACCCAAACACACCGUGCACUUGGGGCAUCGAUGGCGAAAGUGGUGAACUGGUUGAGCAGAAGGAAAAAGGUCUUUGGGAACCUCUGGCGGUCAAACUCCAAACUUACAAAACGGCAAUCGAAACCGCCAUUUUGUUGCUCCGCAUCGACGAUAUCGUCUCGGGAUCGAAGAAAAAGGAUAAAGAACCGGCCACACCCGGCCAAAUGGCGGACCCAUCCGCCAUGCAAGACUAGUUUUAUUUUAAAGCUGUUUUUUUUUCAUUAGCUUUUUCUUUUCGCGGCAUUUUCACACAUAUUUUAACGUUUAGUAUUAACCAUGUAUUUUUUGAAACGCUAAUUUUUGUACUACCACCAGUUUUGCUAAUAAUAUAAUAUUAUUAAUUAGAGUUGUUA